AUGGCUUCUUUGAGGAGAGUCAAAGUGCUGCUGGUGUUAAACCUGAUCGCUGUGGCUGGCUUCGUCCUCUUCCUGGCCAAGUGCAGACCCAUCACGACCAAGAGCGGCGACUCCUUCCAUGACAUCCAUCCCAGGGCAGAAGUGGCCAACUUGACAGCCCACGGCAUCAGCUCCAUCCAGGAUGCAGUGCUGAAGAGGCUCUCGCUCCUAGAAGACAUAGUCUACAGGCAGCUGAACGGUCUGUCCAAGUCCCUUGGUCUCAUUGAGGGCUAUGGUGGCCGUGGCAAGGGUGGCCUCCCAGCCACCCUGUCCCCCGAGGAGGAGGAGAAAGCCAAGGGACCCCAUGAGAAGUAUGGCUACAACUCCUACCUCAGUGAGAAGAUUUCCUUGGAUCGUUCCAUCCCGGAUUAUCGCCCAACCAAGUGCAAAGAGCUGAAAUACGGGAAGGACCUGCCCCAGAUCUCCAUCAUCUUCAUCUUUGUGAACGAGGCGCUGUCAGUGAUCCUGCGCUCGGUGCACAGCGCUGUCAACCACACCCCUGCCCCCCUGCUCAAGGAGAUCAUCCUCGUGGAUGACAACAGUGACGAGGAGGAGCUGAAGGCGCCGCUGGAGGAGUACGUCAACAAACGCUACCCGGGGCUGGUGAAAGUGGUGAGGAACCAGAAGAGGGAAGGGCUGAUCCGAGCCCGGAUCGAGGGCUGGAAAGCUGCCACAGGCCAGGUCACCGGGUUCUUUGAUGCCCACGUGGAGUUCACUGCUGGCUGGGCGGAGCCGGUGCUCUCCCGGAUCCAGGAGAACAGGAAGAGGGUGAUCCUGCCCUCCAUCGACAACAUCAAGCAGGACACCUUCGAGGUGCAGCGCUAUGAGAACUCUGCGCAUGGCUACAGCUGGGAGCUGUGGUGCAUGUACAUCAGCCCUCCCAAGGACUGGUGGGACGCUGGGGACCCCUCCCUGCCCAUCAGGACCCCUGCCAUGAUUGGCUGCUCCUUCGUGGUCAACAGGAAAUUCUUUGGGGAGAUCGGGCUGCUGGACCCUGGCAUGGAUGUGUAUGGAGGGGAGAACAUCGAGCUGGGCAUCAAGGUGUGGCUGUGUGGGGGCAGCAUGGAGGUGCUGCCCUGCUCCAGGGUGGCCCACAUCGAGCGCAAGAAGAAGCCCUACAACAACAACAUCGGCUUCUACACCAAGCGCAACGCGCUGCGCGUGGCCGAGGUCUGGAUGGACGACUACAAGUGGCACGUCUACAUCGCCUGGAACCUGCCCCUGGAGAAUCCAGGGAUUGAUAUUGGGGAUGUUUCUGAGAGGAAAGCCUUGAGGAAGAGCCUGAAGUGUAAAAAUUUCCAGUGGUACCUGGACCAUGUUUAUCCAGAAAUGAGGAGAUACAAUAACACCAUUGCUUAUGGAGAGCUGCGGAACAACAAGGCCAAGGAUGUGUGCCUGGACCAGGGCCCGCAGGAGAACCACACAGCAAUUCUGUACCCGUGCCAUGGCUGGGGCCCACAGCUGGCCCGAUACACCAAGGAGGGGUUCCUGCACCUGGGGGCCCUGGGCACCACCACGCUGCUGCCCGACACACGCUGCCUGGUGGACACGGGCAAGAGCCGCUUCCCACAGCUGCUGGACUGUGACAAGGUCAAGAGCAGCCUCCACAAGCGCUGGAACUUCAUCCAGAACGGAGCCAUCCUGAACAAGGGGACGGGCCGGUGCCUGGAGGUGGAGAACAGGGGCAUGGCUGGCAUUGACCUGAUCCUUCGCAGCUGCACAGGGCAGAGGUGGACAAUUAAAAACUUCAUCAAGUAG